AAACUUCUAUGGGAAGAGUUGAAGACCUUUACCGGAGACAUGAUGUUUAAUAUUGAGAAGGAUGGACAGCAGGAUCAGAAAAUGUGUGAAAAGGCGAGCGGGGAUAAUGCGAAGGAGUUAUGUAGAUUAUUAUUAAGAAUAUUCUUCUGGAUGGAUGGAUUAAAGCAACAAGUGCCGAAUGAGCAGCGAGACAGCACUGGGCACAUGAUUUGGAUACGAAGGGACAAAGAGACGGACGUAAAAAAGGAAGAAGAGCAACUCCACUCUUAUUAUAGGUGUUUAAUUGGAAAAGUAACCUUAGUAAAAAUGUUAGGCAAGCAUUGUAAGUUAAAGGUAGUAGCAGACGUAGUUAUGAAUGAUGUGGGGAAAAUGAGGAAAACUAUGAAUCUUAACGGCGGGAAUCAAUUAUGUAAUGAAGUGGAUUUCGGAAGUUUAAAAUUAGGGAGUAGGUUCAUGUGGGAUCAAAUUAAGAAGCGGAUAAAUGAUUUUAGUACGGAAAACAAUUAUGGUGUUUGGUUACCGCUAGUACAAAAAGGACAUAGCAAGUUGCACACAAUAAGGGACGAAGUACAAGACAAGGGAAUUUGCCCAAAUGGAGAAGAGAACCUUGACAAAGACACCUUAGAAAAAUUAGAAAUAACAGUCUACAACGAUGAAGACCUGUCCUUAGACGAUGACAUUGACACGGACAAGGACACUAAAACUUCAGGGAAGGAGUUGGAGGAAUUAUUGGCCAAAGCGAAGCAAGAAAAGGAAGCAGGGAAGGAGGACAAAGAGGAAGAAUUCUUAGCAAAGACGUUACAUGAUUUACUGUGGAAAAAAUUCGAACAACAUAGGGAAGAAGUUCAAAGCAAGAAAAAACCACAAACAACAGCUGUAGCAAGUCCACCUACAGGUCAAACUAGGAAGGACGACACUGCAGGGGAUGAUGAUGCUCUUCCUAAAGUAAAACAACCACCGUCUAAUCCAGCACCACUUGCACCAUCUGAACCAAAAGGUGAUGAAGAAUGCAGCCAUCUGAAGGAUGACAUGUGUAAACGAGCAAAAUGCGUGACGACUAAUUGGUUUAAAGACAGAAUAACGCGUGAUGGGGGUGGCAAACAAAACUGGUGUACAUUUUGGAAUAAUGACGUCAAGGGGAGAUUGGAUAAACUGUCUGAGGCUAUGAUCCAUGAGAAAACGGGAGACGACGGUAUAUGCAAAGACAUUGAGCAAACGGGAAAGGAGGAUGCACAACAUGCAGAAGCAAAAAGAAAAGCUUGUGAGUACAUUGUUAAGGGUUUAAAACAUAUAUAUAAUUCUCAGGAACAUGGGACCGAUCUCCAAAAGAAGAAUAACCAACAAUUUGAUCGAACUAUGGGGUGUAUUCUAUUAAAUGCUUAUGCAGAUAAGUUGAAAGAAGAAGCACAGAAAAAAAACCCUCCUUGUGAUGUUGAAAAAGGCAUAGACCAUGCCUUCACUAAAAGUGGAGACAUUAAGGAAAAAACACUUCCAUGUAAGGGUGAUAGUACUUGUGUUGAAUGUACCAGGAAAGAAAAUCUAACUUGCACAUUAAACGUUAAUGAACAACUGUUUGAUGAAGGAGAAAGUAAAAAGUGCGAAAUAGGCAGAAGCAGUGGCAGAACCCAGAUGGGAACCAAAGUAAAAGAAAUGCUCAGCGGCAAUGCACAAAUACAAAGAACUCUGAAAAGCAUAUGCAGAGAUUGUAGCAAAGAAGGAAUGAAACUAUGCGAACGAUUACAAUGCAUAACAGAAAAUUGGUUUGAGGACAGAAUAUAUGGGACGCACAAACGAACCUGGUGUGUAUUUUGGAAUGAUGACGCCAAAAGUAGACUGAACGAACUGUCUGAAGCUGUGACCACUAAUAGUGAAUCUAUGGGGGAUGAGUGUAAGAACAUUCAGGGGAAAGAUGCAUCAGAUGAUGAUGCUAAUAAAAAAGCAUGUCAAUUCAUUACUGCAGGUUUAAAAGGCAUUUAUGAACUUCAAGAGAGUACGACCGAGCCAAACAGGAAGAUUGCAAGGAAUAAUAGACUAACAAGUCAAACCAUGUAUUGUCUAUUCCUAAACGCCUAUGCGGAUAAGUUGAUAAAGGAGGUUAGACGCCCCUGUAAUAUCACGGAAGAGACUAUAAAGAGUGCAUUUCAAAUCGGAAAUAGAAACAAAGAAACUUGGUGUUUGGAUAAGAAUACUAAGGAAAAGAAUGAUUGUGUUGAAUGUAAAAGGGAAGCUAACUUUAGCAAUUGCCCACUAAACGCAGAUAAUGACCUACGGAGACAAGAUAGUAAAUGCGAUCAGGACAAAGAUAAUAUAGAAAAAAAAGUGAAGGAAGUGUUCGAGAACGGGAAGGGUGACAAAGAAAAGGGGCCGCAAAUAAAGAAAGCUCUGACUGCUCUAACUAAUAUAAAUAAUAUAAAUAAUACCUUAUGUGAUCGUGUGAAGUGUAUAUACCAUAGGUGGGGUGAAAACAGGAAAGUUAACGGAUAUUAUGAAGACUGGAAGAAAUUUUGGGACCCCGACGUCCAGAAUAGACUGAAUGCACUGUCCAAUGUUAUUAAUGAAAAAAAUACAAAUAUGGAACAGCACUGCAAGGACCUCAGUGGGGCGAGCAAACAGGCUUGCCAGCUUAUUACUGCAGGAUUAAAGCGUAUUUACGAAAUUGAAAGAGGUAAACCGCAAGAGGGGAAUGACAAAGAAAAGGAGGAAAGGAAGAUAGCAGAUAACCUCAUAUUCCACCGAACCUUCUCUUGUAUGUUAUUGAAUAUAUUUGCUGAUGAAAUGGAGGAAAAGUGUUUAGCCAAGCAGCAAGACAUAAAAGCAGGCAUACAACAUGCCUUCAGUGAAAGUGCAAAAAUUAAGGAACAAACACAUCCAUGCAAGACUGAAGGUGAUUUGUGUCCAUUUUGCGAAAGGAAGGAGGACUAUAAAACUUGCAGUAUAAAGGAUAAAGACGGAGAAACAAUAGGCGACAGAAUGAAAAAGAUGCUCUUAUACAAUGGCCAAAUAAAGCAAGCUCUGUCUACUAUAGAUUCUUUAUGUAAACCACCUGCUGCUACUAAACCAGCAACAACAUCACAAUCAGGAAGUCAAGGUAGGUCUGAAUCAUCAGGUUCGUCAGCACCACCAGCAGGAAGGGCUGAAACAUCAGGUAAUUCACUUGCAGGAUUUCAACAAGAUACAAAGGGAGUAAAAGGUAAGUCUACAACUGCAAACUGUGGAAAUGGAGUAGUAGACGGUGGUAUGGAUGCAGCUGACGCAUGCUUAGGUUUCUCUAACAAUGAUAUUCCAGUAUCUAAUACUUAUACUCCCGAUCCUGAUGAGGCCGAUGCAAUUAGUGGUCCUAAAGGUGUCCUUGGAAGUGAAAUAGGUAAUGUAGCAAUAGUUAAGGGUAAAGUAGAACUUCCCACUGAUCCUCUUCCCACAGGUGCAGAUCCAGGUUCCCAAACAAUUCCAACCACAGGGCAGGUACACAGGGUGUAUUUGGUCCAGGUUCUACAGGACACCAGUCUCCUGGUUCCUCCGGACCCGGCAGUACGGGAACCUGGAAACCCGGAUCCUCUGGACCAGGUUCCACUGGAACUUGGAACCCAGGUUCUUCCGGUCCAGGUAGUACUGCACACCAGUCUCCGGGUUCCUCUGGACCAGGUUCCACAGGAACUUGGAACCCAGGUUCUUCCGGCUCCGGUUCUACUGGAACUUGGAACCCAGGUUCUUCUGGUACCGGCUCCACUGGAACUUGGAAUCCAGGUUCUUCUGGUUCCGGUUCUACAGGAACCUGGAACCCAGGUUCUUCCAGUUCAGGUGCAGCUGGUAAUCAAAACACUGGUAGUCCAAGACCAGGUUCUACUAGAACUCCACAAGCAGCAGUUGGUAAUGACAAACCACUGGGACCACCUCCACCAGGGAAACCACAAGGACCACCACAACAAGGGGGCCCGAACCCCCUGGUUCCAUCAUCACUAUCAUCAACAGCAGCAACACCAUCACCUAGGAGUGUUACAACAGGAGGAGCACGUGCUUCGGGGAAGAGUGCCAGAGGCCUCCUUCCCAUUCAACAUGUUGGUAACCUUAUAA